GUGUAAACAAGUGGCCAGUGGUUCACGUGUGCCCACAGGACGUGCAGGGACGCUGUCAUCUUGAAGCACGGCGGCGCUGGGUGAUGGUGAGGUGGAUUCGGGUAGAGGGAGAGUGUUGGAGGUUGAGUGACAAGCCUGCUGUCCCAUCGCCGCCAUGAUCGCCACCGGCGGCCUGCUGCGCAUGAACCGGCGCCAAGAUUCCCUCCGCUCCAAGAACCGAGCGGAAAACAAGCGGAAGCGGAAACCGAAGAAGAAGAAGAACGACGUGGUGGUGGUGAAGGGGAAGCUUAAUCUGUGCUCCCCGGCCGGUAUGGUGGCUGCCGUUGGAGUUAUAGUUCUCAUGGUGGGGAUUUCUAUGGCCGUACUGGGCUACUGGCCCAGUCAGAACCAGCAGGAGUACCAGGAGCGACGCAGAAUGGGAGUGUACCACAACAACAGGAUGAGCUUCUCCAAGAGUCCAGCUGCUGCCUCAAACCUCACCCAUGAUAAGGAUCCCUCCGUCCUGAACCAGAGCCAUGCUAACCGCAGCGCCGCCGAGACCUCCCCUCACUGUGGCUUCCUCUGUGACUUCCUGAAUAAUCACCUGUACUCUGACAAUCUGAAAGUCUUUGGCCCGCUGGUGAUGGGAAUCGGCAUUUUCCUCUUCAUCUGCGCCAACGCAGUCCUCCAUGAAAACCGGGACAAGAAAACCAAAGUCAUCAACCUGAGGGAUAUCUACUCCACGGUGAUAGAUCUGCACAGCAUCCGGUCGAAGGAGCACCCCCCCCUCAACGGCCUGGUGAACUACACUCAGUCGAGGAGCGCCGAGGCCCCGCCGGGCUCCUUACCUUCCAGUGGGUUGCCCACUCGCAGCUCCUGGCCCUCCACUGGACUCGGUUUCCAGGGGGAGUUGGGAGGCGAGGAGGGGUUCAGACGCCAGUCUUUGGCCAGCCGGCCUCGCAGCUGGUCCAGAGACGUCCAGACCUUCACAGAAACGGUCUACAGCAUCUACAAAGACUACAGCAAUAGCAGCAAGCCGGCGCCACAGCCCCGCCAGUGGGAGACCACCUCCAUCGUCACCUCCUCCGUGAACGCUUUCACCCUCCCUGUGAUCAAACUGAACAACUGUGAGGUAGAGGAGUCGGAGAGGGCGGAGGCGGGGGGGCACUCAGGGGAAGGGGUCGUCAUCGAGGCGGCUGCUGGAAGCGUUAGCGGGGAGGGACAGGCCGGCAGCAGCAGCCACACUUACCAGGCCGGCACAGAGGAGAAGGAAGCCUCGACCGCCGAUCAUCUCCCAGCCCGUCACAGCCACGAGGACACAGCCACCGACUCCGCCGACCAGCAGGGGGCGCCGCAACCACAGUGGACACAGCUGUUUCCCCCAUCACCUGUUGCCAGGGCGAUGGGGUCGCGGCUGUCGCUCAACUCCCUCACGGAUCAGCCCGGGUCCGUCCGGCGCUGCAGCAUGUCGGUGUCGGUGGGAGGCCAGGGCGACCGAGCCAGGCGCUUCAGCUGCCCUCGCCUGGAGCCCUCUAACAGUAAGGGCUACAUCAAACUGGCUGAUCUGGGGGGCGAGUCCUUCGAAGCCCCCGACACAGACACCUCUUUAGUGGCCAUUGAACAGGAAGUAGCAGUGGACUCGGUUGUAGCAGCGGCGGCGGCGGAGGAGGACGCUCAGGGAGAGGACGACCUGGUGACACCCGGCACCUCCGCAGAAUACUAGACAUCUCUCUUUUCCUUCUUUUGCUGAUGAGCCUCUCAAAACUCUUCGAUGUCUCGUUCUUUGCUUCGUUGCCUCUUCUCGGUUUUGCUGACGCGAAGCCGGGGCCCUUCCAGAGGAGAGGAACCGUGGAGAGUAAGCAGCUAUAAGGACUAUUGAAACAUAGCCAUGAACACUCAAGAGCAAGGAUCUUUACAAACACCACGUCCACAACUUACAAUGUUUCAGAUGUAAAGUUUCUAUUUUUUUGCAAUGUAGCAAGAGCAAUACUAAAGACUUGUAAGAAGAUUUAGUAAAAGAUUUAGAAAAGAAGAAUAUCCAAGGAGUUUGAACUGUUCUUUUGUAAAAACACUAGGCAAACCUUGUAGCUUGUAGAAUUGCCAAAAAACUGUCACUGGGACCUUCUGUGCGACACGUUGUACUGCGGCACGGACACGCGCCACGGGAAACUACAAACAACAUAGCCUAGAUUUAUUUCUCUACAUCGUUGUGGUAAUAUCACAGGAAUAAGUGAACUGAAUUGAAUCUCAGGUAGACGUUUGGUUUAGGAUCGGGACCUUGAGGACGAGGUCUUCCCUAUUAUGUGCACACAUGUUUAUAUGAGACGUUCAUGGUUGAAUAAACUUGACUGUAACACCUCC